CGACGUUUUGAAUCGUGCGGGCUAACGAGAUACAUCGAGCCUGCAUAACCUCUGCACUGUCCAUCUUCCCCUUUAACAAAUCUGGGGGAAACUGCAAACUUCAUGUAUCCAUAAUCUCUGACACGCACGGGAGAACAGCAUGGACCUCCACAAAAUCAUCCACAGUGCCCUGCACGAAUUUAUCCAGACGUACAUUCCUGAUGCAGAUCUCAGCACACUGGAUGAUGUUCUUCUGUCGUACAUCACUGGGGUCCUGGAGGACCUGGGGUCCCAGCAGAGCGUUGAGGAGAAUUUUGAUGUGGAGGUCUUUGGAGAAAUGCUGGAAGCCUACAUACCCGGGUUUGCCGAAAUAGACAGUGUCAAAGUCUGUGAAAUGAUGUUCAGUCUGGCUUCAAAACUGGCCACUGCUCGGACGUCGGAAAACAGUGUGCCUAAGACAGGGACAGAAGAGGUUUCUUUGAAACUUGAUGCCCUGACCAGUCAGCCAGAACCAGGACAAGAACCUCCGUGCCUUAAGCCACAGACAGAGGGCGCUACAGCCAAGCUGUCAGCGUCUGAGUGGGAGUCCCAAGAGCAGCACCUGCUGGAGAUGUUCCCAAAGUGCAGUUUGUCCGAAGCUCGCAGCGCUCUUUCCAUCGCCAAAGGAGACAUGGAGGAAGCAGUGCGCCUCAUCAUAGAGGGGGACGUCCAGCUCAGCCCCACUCCUAUUAAUGUAAACCAAGGGAAGAGCAUUUCCUCACUUGCAGACCAGAAACUUAAAGAGAGCAUCCUGGAGAAGUACAUGCUAGUGGACAGUGAGGAAGAUAACAAAACCCAUCGACCCGUUGCUCCCAAAGACGCUCCAAAGAAGCUUGUUCGCUACCAUGGUAACCAGGUAGUUACAACAAAAGGAGAGAGAUAUCAACUUGUGAAGAAAAACGAGACGGACGACAUGAAGAAAACCUACGUCAACCUGAAACCGGCCCGAAAGUACAGGUUCCAUUGAUGACGAGCACAGCACUGUACGAGCAGCUAGUAACCGCAUUGUUUACACUACUUCUUCUUUAUCCAACUCGUUUAACCAAAACUUGAUGUAUUCCCUCAAACCCCCAGGUAUUAGGAAGCAUUUUUCAGUGUGGCAGUGGCUUAUUUUUAAAACGUUACUAACCAUCAUGCCUUGGAUAAAGCCGUUGUUUUGAAGUUGCACCGUUGUUGCUUUUUAAUCUUUUUUGUCUUUUUGUUCUUUUAAAUCAAUCGGUUGUGUUCUUGUUUGUGUAAUGAACAGCCUAUCUGAUUUGUUUUGGCCACCUCAGCAGGUCUGAUGUCGCACUGACAGCUCUUUUUCUUUCUUCUUUUUUGGGGAAAUGUGGAUCCAUGACUAUAAUAUUAACUUGUGUACACUUCUUUCAUCAUCUUUGUAAAUAAGUGGUGCUGUUGAAGUUUGUUGUGAACAUUACAGGUCUUAGUCUAUUUUUUCCUUAAGUUUUCAUCAAGAUUCAUAAAUUUUGUUGAAGCCUUGA